AUGACCUUCAAGACGUCGGGUAGGAAUACGAAGGGAGACCAGGCAGCCAAAUCAGCCAGAUCCGAGAAUGCGAGAGACGGUUGCGAGAUGGGGGUCAAUGGUCAGAUGAACAUGGCGAGUGAGGGAAUGAACAUGCUAACGACAAAACAGAAAGAACCUCACUUGUGGAUACCAGUGAACACCGCCAUCAAGGACGGAAGCAUCGGAGACGGCACGGCGGGCGAGGAAGAUGCCUUAUCCUCCCACAUCCAAACCCUUGCCAACAUACCUAGUGGUGAAAAAUGCGAGGAGGAGGGAUAG